UUGAUCCGCACAGUGGGGAAGGUGCCAAAAAGCAUGGCUUAAAAAUCAGCAAGCAAAAUCGGUCUGCCGAGCAUUCGCUCUGCUAGUCUGCGACAAACUGGCGUGACAGUCCGAAAGGUCACAUCGGGACAAUCGGGACGAGCACGCAGGAACUCGACCAACCAUGCAGGAACACGGGGAGACGCUCACCAAGUCGGAAACCAUCAACCUCAGGCAAAAAUACGUCGGACCGUCAUGCACGCUUUUCUACAAGACGGACCCGCUGAAGAUUGUGAGAGCCGAAGGCCAAUACAUGUAUGACGAAAAAGGCAACCGAUUCCUGGACUGCAUCAAUAAUGUGGCACACGUUGGGCACUGCCAUCCAGAAGUGGUGAAGGCCGGAUGCGACCAGAUGGCCACACUCAAUACGAACAACCGCUUCCUGCACGACAAUUUGGUUGUUUGCGCUCGAAAGCUGACCAGCCUGAUGCCCGAGCCGCUCUCUGUGUGUUUCUUCGUCAACUCAGGCUCCGAGGCGAACGAUCUCGCACUCCGGCUCGCACGCACUUACACCAAAAAUAACGACAUUGUCAUCAUUGACCACGCCUACCAUGGACAUCUUUCGACCUUGAUUGAUAUAUCUCCGUACAAGUUCAAUCUGCCCGGCGGCAGCGGAAAACAAGAUUGGGUGCACGUGGCUCCGAUUCCAGACAGCUACCGCGGCCAGUACACGAAGGAAAAGUACCCUGGCGAUGACCUGGGCACCCUGUACGCUGAGGAGGUCAGGGCGUUGUGCAAGGAGGCGAAAAACAACGGCCGUUCGAUCGCUGGCUUCAUCGCUGAGAGCAUGCUCAGCUGCGGUGGUCAGGUCAUUCCGCCGUCCAACUACUUCAAAAAUGUCUACAAGAUCAUCAGGGAGGCGGGUGGCGUGUGCAUCGCGGACGAGGUGCAAACGGGCUUCGGGCGCGUUGGCAAGUCGUGGUGGGCGUUCGAGCUGCAGGGCGAUGACCUGAUCCCUGACAUCGUGACAGUUGGCAAACCAAUGGGGAACGGACAUCCGGUCGCAGCCGUGAUCACAACCAGGGAGAUUGCACAAAGUUUUAAAAACACUGGAGUUGAAUACUUCAACACAUAUGGUGGCAAUCCAGUAUCUUGCGCCGUUGCCCUGGCAGUCAUGAACGUGAUUGAGAAUCAAAAUCUGAAGGAGAACGCCACACGGGUCGGCAACCACCUGAUCAACUCGCUCAAAAUCAUGUGCAAGAAGCACACCGUUGUCGGCGACGUCAGAGGAGUUGGCCUCUUUGUCGGCAUCGAACUCGUCAAAGACCAAAUCACGAAGGAGCCUGCGACGGAUGCGGCUGUCUACGUUGUUAAAAGAAUGCGAGAGAACUUCAUUCUGCUCAGUUCUGACGGGCCGUAUAACAAUGUCUUGAAGUUGAAGCCGCCCAUGGUGUUUUCCCUGGAAAAUGCUGAUCAUUUCAUCAAAAUUCUUGAUGAACUUUUACUCGAAGUGAAGGACGGAGUGGUUCCAACAAAUGACGUGAUUCACGCAAAUAACGUGAAAGCAAUGUCGAAGGAUCUGCAAGACAGCUUCCUCAACGGUCCCACUGAGCGCAAGAUCCGCAUUGACGAAGCGGAGAGCAUGACAGGAAAUUAAUAUUAGUACAAGAUUCUGGCUGUAGAUUGCUGCAUUCCCUCUAUUGAAAUAUUCCAGGGUAAUUUUAAGGCUUGCUAUGUGAAAUGACACUUUUUAAUAUUAUAUAACUCUGUCUUAGUAUUGAAUUUAAAUUGUGCUGUUAAAUCAAAAAACGAAUUUUAUCUCCUUAUUAGGAAACUUUUUGUGAUGAUUUUUUACAAAUUGAUGCUGAUUCAAUUGAAUGUAUUUGUCUUUGUGCGCCGUCAAAAAAUAUUGCACAAUAUUGUUCUUGUCCAAACUUAAAAUAAAUCUUGUCUGGUCCGCGACCACUAUAUCUUAAAAUAA